AUGAGGGGUUUUUCAAAGGGAUCUCAUGUUCAUGUUAUAUUCUUUCCCAGCAUGGCAAUAGGGGCUGUCUUCAAUUUCAUGCCACUGCUAUUAGAGAAUGUUUGUUAUUUGUCUAUUCAUGUUGGAAGCUUUCGUGAUAUGCUAGUCCCAGGAAUGGUCUCCACUUUUCAAGGAAUGUUUAAUUUGAGUACUUCGGAAAUAAAGUCUGACCCAGAAUUCUUUGAACCCUACAGUCUUACCUCUCACCAACACCAAGCUUUCCUUCUUACUUUUGAACGUCUUGUUUCCCUACGUUUCUAUCCACCACUUAAACAUUAA